AGUUUCAGAGCUGUUUGUGGAUGAUCCAGGAGACCAGGUGGAUAGAAUUCCAGUUUAUCUCAAGCUUACUCUUCCACGUCUAAAAUGUGACUCAAUUGGCUUGGAUAUCCAAGACGACAUGGGGCGUCAUGAGGUGGGGUUUGUUGAAAACACCAAUAAGGUUCCUGUAGGAGCUGAAGGCUGCCUUUUUGAAGCCAACUUCCUCAUCAACAAAGUCCCAGGAAACUUCCAUGUGUCAACUCACUCUGCAGAAUCUCAACCUGAAACCAUCGAUUUUGCCCACAUCAUCCAUGAGCUGAGGUUUGGGGCAAAAAUAAACAACCCCAACGUGCCUGGUACCUUCAACCCCUUGUAUGACAGAAAGAAACUUGAUGGAAACUCAUUGGAGUCGUACGACUACGUUAUGAAGAUCGUCCCGAGCAUCUAUGAAGACGCUUCAGGGACGAAUGUUACGGCCUACCAGUAUACUUAUGCCUUCAGGAAAUACGUUUCAUUUGGCCACGGCGGCCGCGUUGUACCUGCACUGUGGUUCCGAUAUGACUUGGCUCCUCUCACCGUUAAAUACUACGUUAGAAGACCUCCGUUCUACACCUUCAUAACCACGGUCUGCGCGAUUGUAGGAGGAACUUUCACCGUCGCAGGGAUAAUCGACUCCUGCAUAUUCACUGCGUCGGAAAUCUUCCAUAAAUUCCAAAUUGGAAAGCAAAGUUAACAGUACUGUACUUGUAUUUCUACGGUCAUUGUGUAAUUUUUAUUGUCUUCCAUCUUCAUUCGAACAUCCGGAAUUGAUUUGGCUGCCAAACACGAUCGUAGGAAGUUCUCAAUAUAAAUUCUUUCUGGUCUAUAAGUAAAUUAAAAUAGUGAUUGCAAUGCAAUCUCUGUACGUAAUAUAUUCAUCUAAAAGUUCAACAUUCCAAUCCAGCAUUUGAUGCUUCUCCUAAGCACGUUUUAUGAGUUGUUGAUUUGAGCACGCAGCAGUUGCACCGUAUUUUCAAUUAUAAUAAUAUUGUUUUCCUAUUGCUAAGUAUCAGAGAGUAUAUCCUUUUUAAAAUGGAGUUCAUGUUUUCCAAUGAAACUCGGUUCAUUUCGAGCAUAAGCGUUUUGCAUUGUGCAAUUCAUCGAUUUUUCCAGGACGGAAUUUCCAUUCAAAAUUUAAUUGUAAGGAUUAAAAAAAAAUUACACAAAACUCGCUGUCACAUAUUAGUACUCAGUUUUAUCUCAUUGAAAAGGCAUUAAAGAAUACAAGGUCUUUCUAUUUUUCUUGCUUUUAAGUUUAUACGUUGAGCCCCUAGUCGAAGGACCGCCGUAUUUGCUGUAUAAAACCAUGGAACAAGGGGUUUUCGGGCUUUUAAAACCAAAACCCAUGGUUUUGAAACCAUUGAGCAAGGGGGUUUUCGGGCUUUUAAAACCAAAACCCAUGGUUUUGAAACCAUUGAGGAAGGGGUUUUCGGGCUUUUAAAACCAAAACCCAUGGGGCACCGUCAUAUUAGCUCUCUGAAGCGAUGUAUUGAUCCUUCCUCUAUUCCAUCAGAAUGUGUUUUAUUGAGUUGCUUGUGUUUAAACAGUAUCUGAAUGCGUCUCACUUUCUUAGUAAAUUUCAAUAGAUUUAUUCUUGUUGAAUUUUGAUUAGUAAUGUCGACUGUGGACUUUGCUUCUGUCUUACGUUGGGCAUAUGCUGUGUUAACAAAUAGUAUUAUAUAAUUUUUUAGCAGAGGUUAACGGUUAACUAACUUUGUAGGACUUGAAAUCUCAGAUUCUAACAUCUUGCGUAGUUAACCAAUAGUUUGGUUCAUAUUAAUUUAUUUCACUGUUCUGUCUCUUAAGUGGAGCCUAUGAUUAGUUUAGCACGGAAAUUAUUUAUUUAAGUUGCAUUGAACCGGUUUGCAGUUGUUUUAAUUUUUGAUUUGGCUUAAUCAUGCAGAUUCUCUAACUUCGCUGCGCCCUUUGCAUCAAAAUGAAUUUUCUUUUUAUCGCCUAAAUCCUUGUCCUUAUUCAUUUCAACACCGUGUCAUCGUUUAUCAAUAACGAUGUUAGAUUCGGCGACCCAGCAUUCCUGAGCCACAGAACCAUCGAUGAAGACUGCAGGUUCUGUUGGUAUGUAUGUACUCAACUCUGGACUCUCUUGUGCACCGCUGAUGCUAUGUGCAAAAACUUGUUUUAAACUAAUGGAUAUUAUUUAUGUAUCUGUUCACCUCCAAUGCCUUUUCAGCCUCCGACGCUUCCUUUCCCGACGAGUACUUAUCAUUUGAGGUUUCUUAAAUAGUUGCGAUAUCGACCUGUCAGUUGGAUAAUGGUAUGUGUAUUUUACCUUAGCCUGGCCGGUGUAUAUAUAACUAGAAGUAUAGUAAUUACAAUUAAUCUGGGCACUUGAUUUCCCAGCCUUUUCAUCCUUUGCACUCCGCUAUAUAUAAUUUUAAGACCUUGAUGAAAUUCCAGAAUUCAGCAACGCACUGGUAUCCCUGGAUAUUCAAUAUAAAUCUAGUGAUUCAAGUUAGUAAAUGAUCAUUUUAAAUGGCCAAAUAAUGUGUGCAAUGGAAAUUUACAUAGAUCAAGGAGUACAAUUGAAACAUACAUUGGUCAUUUCUGUGUAAUCAUUACAUUAAUAAUUUUGUCUCGUAUGCCACCCGUUGAGAAUGCGAGAAUGGAUUUAUGAUUUGAUCCCCUGAAGCAGCACUCAUUGGUAACAAUGCUCAGGGUUAUUGUAUUCAUUGCAUCUUUUCUUGAAGAAAAGAUUCUUCUGUAGCCUGUCCGACAGAAGAAAAAACGGUGCUGUCUGAAGUAUCGCUGUAGAAUGAUUGAUUCCUCGACCGAAGGAGAAAAUUUAUAUAAGAAGUUCCGCUGAAGCUACUGAGAAAUGAGCAUUUUCAGCACUGCGAAGAGAUGAAGAGGUUGGAAGUACACAAGAAACGAAGACACUCGUAGAGUCCUUUACUAGAGACGCCGAGCGUGCGCACGAGAUAGAAGGUAUGUACUAUAAGGUGAACUGGUGAAGCAACUUUUCUAAAAAGUCGCCCUCUGAGUCUCUGACUACAUUUUCAUAUAAAUGGAUAUCUGUCAAAUGUUCCCUUUCAAGGUAUUUUCCAAUUAAACUAAAUACUUAGUUGCCGUAAGGACAUCAAUAACAAAGAAUGGGAUUUCCAUUGUACUUUCGAGUUUAAUGUUCAGUUUUUCGAAAGUUAACCUGGGUUAUUGGGGCAGUCCACUUGAAUUAACUAAUAUUAUUCAUCUAUAAAGUAGUUUGGCAAAAUAUGAACCGAGUCUAUAGACCAUUGCACCAUAGUAUCUACUCGACAUUUUAUUUAGAGGCAUGUAUUUCAUAUAUAUUUUGUUAGCAACUAUUAAUAAAUAUUUCUUAUCUUGUAUAGAAGAUAUUGCUGAUUAAUUAUGACACUAAACCCUGAUACUUCUGUUUGGUGAACCGUGUAACAAGUCAAUGAAUGUUGCCAAGUAGCUAAGAUCGUUUCAAAUGUGUGUUGCAUGCGCGAGAACAAGGCCUGUAAUGUAAUGAACUUAUUUACAUAAUUUAUUUUGUGUAUACAACCAAUGUGCCCUAGAGCGGUCAUUUCCUUAUCACGCUCGUACAAUGCACAUUUUUUAACUUCCUGUUAUCUUGGUAACAUUCUCUUAAUAAUAUUGCAUAGUUGGUGAGUAAUCAAUUCCAGAUAUGUUCCGGAGACUUGCAGGCAAAUAUAACGGGUGGUAAGGACAUGAUUGAAGGGAAAUGAUUAUCGAUAGACCGUGAACAUUAUAAAUAUAUAUAUAUCCUGCUCUAAAUUACAAAUGAAUACAAUGAAACUCCCAAGAGUUAGAGAAAGAGUCGUAUCAUUGAG